AUGACGCGCUUCCGCCCAUGCAUCGACCUGCACGCCGGCUCUGUCAAGCAGAUCGUCGGCGGCACGCUGACCACCACCGACGCCGACCUCAAGACCAACCACGUCUCGGAGCUGCCGGCCGCCCACUUCGCGAAGCUCUACAGGGACAACGCCCUUGCCGGCGCGCACGUAAUCAUGCUUGGCCCCGGAAAUGAGGACGCUGCGACCGAGGCUGUGAGGGCGUGGCCCAACAGCUUGCAGGUCGGCGGCGGCAUAACCGAUGCGAACGCAGCGACGUGGGUAGAGAGGGGCGCGGACAAGGUCAUCAUCACGUCGUAUCUCUUCCCAUCCGGCAAGUUUUCGCUCGAGCGCCUGCAGGCGGUCCUGGAGUCGCUGGGCGGCGACAAGGAGAAGCUGGUCAUCGAUCUCAGCUGCAGGAGACAAGGCGCCGCCUGGUUCGUCGCCAUGAACAAAUGGCAGACCAUCACCGACAUGGAGCUCAAUCAAGAGUCGAUAUCCCUCCUCGAGCCCUACUGCUCCGAAUUCCUCGUUCACGCUGCCGACAACGAGGGCCUCCAGCAGGGCAUCGACCACGAGCUCGUGAGGAAGCUGUCCGCGUGGUGCAGCAUUCCAGUGACGUAUGCCGGCGGUGGUAGGAGCUUGGAGGAUUUGGAAACGGUCAGGAGGCUCAGCAAUGGCAAUAUCGACUUGACCAUUGGAAGUGCCUUGGAUAUUUUCGGUGGCAGCGCAGUCAAGUUUGAGGACUGCAUUGCCUGGAAUUCCAGGCAGUAG